AUGUCAAAAUUAUUAAAUAAUAAUAAUCAUAAAAAUUUAACAAAUUAUUUAAAAUUUGGAAAAGGAAUUAUAAAUAAUUUAAAUAAUAAAUCAAAACAAGUUGGAAUAAUUUCAUUUAUAUCACAAUCAUCAAUCCAAUCACAAUCAUCAAUCCAAUCACAAUCAUUUUUAUCAAUUAAUAAUAAUAGUAAUAAUAAAUAUUUUUCAACAAAAUUAAAUAAAAAUGAAAAAAUAUCAGAAAAAACAACCACAAGAAAGAUAGAAGAUAUUUAUCAAAAAAAAACACCAACUGAACAUGUUUUAUUAAGACCAGAUUCAUAUAUUGGAACAAUUGAAAAAAUUGAAGAUGAUAUGUGGGUUCUAUCAAAUUCAAUGUUUAAUAAAGAAAAAAAAACAAUUGAAUUAAAUAAUGAUAAUAAUGAAAAGAAUGUUGAAUCAACAACAACAACAACAACAAAAACAAAUAAAAAACCAUUAACUUAUAUUCAUCCAAUUAAAGCAACAUAUAUACCAGGUUUAUUAAAAAUUUAUGAUGAAAUUUUAGUGAAUGCAGCAGAUAAUAAAAAGAGGGAUUCAAAAAUGUCAUUUAUUAAAGUUGAGAUUAAUCCAAAUGAAAAUAGUAUAUCAAUUAUGAACGAUGGUAAAGGUAUACCGGUGGUAAUGCAUCAAACUGAAAAUUGUUAUGUUGUUGAAAUGGUGAUGGGUAAUCUAAUGUCUGGUUCCAAUUUCAAUGAUAGUGAAUUAAAGGUUGUUGGUGGUAGAAAUGGGUUUGGUGCAAAGUUAACAAAUAUAUUCUCCAAAGAAUUCACUGUUGAAACUGUUGAUAAGAGUUCAGGUAAAAAGUAUUUCCAAAGAUGGUCAAAUAAUAUGGGUGAUAGAAGUGAACCAAUAAUAACACCAAUUGGCGAGGGUGAGAGUGAUUAUACCAAAAUCACAUUCAAACCAGAUUUAGAGAAAUUUAAAAUCAAAUCAUUAUGGGAUGAUAAUAUUUUACAAUUAAUGGAACGUAGAUUAUAUGAUAUCGCAGGUUGUAAUACAGAAUUAAUGGUAACAUUAAAUGGAAAGAGAUUGAAUUAUAAUUUCCAAAGUUAUGUUAAACUUUAUGAACAUCAUUUAAAUAAUAGUACAAAACGUGAAGAUAAUGAAGAACAAUAUCGUGAAGAAUCCUUUGAAUUUGGUGAAAUUUCACCACGUUGGAAAAUUGGUAUUGGUUUAUCAGAGACUGGUCAAUUCACUCAAGUUAGUUUUGUAAAUAGCAUAAACACUGUUAAAGGUGGAACUCAUGUCAAUUUCUUGGCUGAUCAAAUCGUACGUUAUGUUGGUGAGAAAUUAAAAAAGAAACACUCGGAUCUUGAAAUUAGACCAAUGAAUAUUAAACACCAUUUAGCAUUGUUUGUCAAUUGUUUAGUUGAUAAUCCAAGUUUUGAUAGUCAAAGUAAAGAAACCCUAACAACUAAACCAAUGUUAUUCGGAUCAACACCAGAAAUUCCAGAGUCAUUAUUAGCUCAAUUCGUAAAGAAUAGUAAAAUCAUUGAACGUGUUGCAGGUUGGGCAUUAAUGAAACAAAAAGCAGAUUUAAUUCAUUCAACAAGUGGUAGACAAUCAAAAACCACAUUGAUUAAAUCGAUUUCCAAAUUGGAUGAUGCAAAUUGGGCAGGUGGAUUAAAAUCAAAGGAAUGUACAUUGAUUAUAACUGAAGGUGAUUCUGCAAAAUCAUUAGCAUUGGCAGGUUUAAGUGUAGUUGGUCGUAAUUCAUAUGGUGUUUUCCCAUUACGUGGUAAGCUAUUGAAUGUACGUGAUGUCGCUUCAAAACAAUUAUUAUCCAAUGAAGAAAUUAAUAAUCUUACCACCAUUUUGGGUUUAUCUCAUAAAAAUUCCUAUGAUACCGAUGAAAGUAUGGAAGAUUUACGUUAUGGUAGAGUUAUGAUUAUGGCCGAUCAAGAUCAUGAUGGUUCACAUAUUAAAGGUUUAGUUAUGAAUUUCAUUCACUACUUUUGGCCAAAUCUUUUGAAACGUGGUUUCCUUGUAGAAUUUGUUACACCAAUCAUAAAAGCAACUAAAAGUUCAACUCAAAAGAAAUCUUUCUUUACCAUUAAAGACUAUGAAAAAUGGAGAGAAACAAUUUCAUCCGAUCAAUUGAAACAAUAUACCAUUAAAUAUUAUAAAGGUUUAGGUACAUCAACUAGCGCAGAGGCAAAGGAAUACUUUAGUAAUUUGGAUAAACAUGUAAUUAAAUUCAUUUGGGGAGAUGAAGCUGAUGAUUUAAUUAAAAUGGCAUUUGCAAAGGAUUUAAGUUCACUUAGACAACGUUGGAUUAAAGAAACUGAUAUGUCACAAGGUAUUGAUCAUUCAAUUAAAGAGAUCACCUAUCCAGAUUUCAUUAAUAAAGAAUUGAUUCAUUAUAGUUGGGCUGCAAAUCUUAGAUCCAUUCCAUCAUUAAUCGAUGGUUUAAAACCAGGUCAACGUAAAAUUCUAUUUGCAUCAUUUAAACGUCGUUUAACAAAUGAAAUUAAAGUUUCACAAUUGUCAGGUUAUGUAGCCGAACAAACUUCCUAUCAUCAUGGUGAGCAAUCUUUAAAUUCAACAAUUGUUAAAAUGGCUCAUAAUUUCGUAGGUUCAAAUAAUUUACCAUUGUUAACACCAAGUGGUCAGUUUGGUACUCGUUUACAAGGUGGUUCAGAUUCUGCAUCAGCUAGAUAUAUCUUUACAAAACUUGAACCAGUUGCACGUUACCUUUUCAAUGAAUUGGAUGAUCCAUUAUUAAACUAUCUAGAGGAAGAAGGUGAAUCCAUUCAACCAGACUAUUAUAUACCAAUUAUACCAAUGUUAUUAGUUAAUGGAAGUGAAGGUAUUGGUGUUGGCAUGUCAACUUCAAUUCCAUUAUUUUCACCAAUUGAUAUCAUCGAUCAAUUGAUGCUACGUUUAAAUAAUCAAGUUGCACUUAAAAAACUAAUUCCAUGGUAUCGUGGUUUCAAAGGAACCAUUUCACCUGAUAGACAUACCUAUAGAACUAAUGGUGUAAUUAAAUUGGUUGGUAGAAAUUUAGAAAUCACUGAAUUACCAAUUGGUAGAUGGACCUCUGACUAUAAAGAAGUUUUAAAUGAUUUAAUUGAUAAAGAUGUUAUUAAAUCAUUCCAAGAAUCAAAUACUGAAAAUUCAGUUCAUUUCACAAUUUUAUUAAAUAAUAAUCAAUUGGAACAAAUGGAAGAUUUAACUGAAAAUGAGUUAAUAAAGCUAUUCAAGUUAUCAGCUUCUCUUAAUUUCCAUUUAACAUGUUUCGAUGAAAAUUCAAAAAUUCAAAAAUUAGAAUCUGUUGAAGAAAUCAUUGAUCAAUUCUAUAAAGUUCGUUUACAAUUCUAUGGAAAACGUAGAGAAUACCUCUUGAAAUCAUUGGAUAAUCAAAUUAAACGUUUAACAACUACAAUACAAUUCCUUGAAGUUAUUGCAAGUGGUAAAUUAAAAAUUCAAGGUAGAUCAAAACAAGAUUUAAUCAAAGAGUUGGAAAGUGGUGAAAUUGUUGGUUUCGAAAAUUUUGGAACUCAUCCACCAGAGGUUUAUCAACAUCUUUUCUCUUUAUCAAUUUUAGAUAUUACAAAAGAAAGAAUUGAUAAUUUAACUAAUCAAUUAACAAAAAGAAAAUCUGAACAUCAAUCAAUUUCAUCUUCUGAUCCAAAAUCACUUUGGACUGCUGAUUUACAACAAUUAAAAGAAUAUUUAGAAAAAAGUGAUAAAGAAUUUCAAAAAAAACCUUUAAAAACUUCCUCUUCUUCAUCAUUUGAUGUUUCUUCUUCUUCUGAAUCUGCAAAAUUAUCUUCAACUAGAAAAUCAAAAACUGAUAAAAUUAAAUCAAAAUAA